CCAGGGGUGCAAUAACGUGCGUUUGAAGUCCACGAAUAUCUUGUCAACUGUAACUGAAGCCUAUUCUCGCAUUUCUCGCCACAUCCAAAUUCUCUCGAGGCGCCAUCUAAUGAUCUGCCUGCUUGUUCUGCUGGGAGUUGGGAACGGGUCUAUGGGAUUAUAGCUCCAGUCGUGUGUGCGCGUGCAGUAGCACUAGGGGGCGCCACGGGCUCUAUAAAUGAGCGAGCGAGGAAAGGAGUCGAAAGCAGAGGAAAACAGAGUCAGUUGAGCUCACCGAGUACACUGAAGAUCUGAAGAGAAGAACGGUCGAAUUUAUACAAGUCACAUUACGGCUGCUAGGUCCGCGUAUCGGGAGGUGUGUUUGAAUCUUCAAGCAGCGACAACAUGGGUGCGAUGACAUUCGUAGAUAUUAUUCUGGCCAUCAUUCUGCCUCCCCUGGGAGUCUUCCUCAAGUUUGGAUGUCAGAUCGAAUUCUGGAUCUGCCUUCUGCUGACAAUAUUGGGUUACAUUCCCGGAAUCAUCUAUGCCAUCUACGUGCUCGUGCGAUAGGCAGCCGUUGGGCAAUCUUCGAUAGCUUGAGAUUGUAAAUACUUGUACUACUUUCCAUCUCACGUAAUGGCGCCUUGGUUCCUAUUGCUAGAUGGAGAUGCUCCUAGCCAAGUGAUCCCUGCACCUGAUAUUCUGUGCAGUUGAGAUCAAAAUGUGAAACAGGAGAUUUACAGACGUUUUGAAGUUGGAUUUCUUCAGCUGAAAUUGAAGUUUCCACAUUUGUACAUUUAUAUUCUGCAGAAAAAGAAAUAGUUGGAAUGCCUGUCAGCAGGCUUUAAACUUG